AUAUAAAAUGCCAGAGUUCAAAACGUUCAAAUCAUAAACAAAUAAGGUUAUGUAGAGGACGAGAUCUAAUUAAAUUUUUUCGCAAAGAAAAGAUUUUUCGAAAAAAAUUAGUGUUGUCAACAGUUUGUGUGUUUGUUAGUGGCAUUGAAUUCAAGUGGUGUACAAGAUGACGGACGCGAAUAAUAAAAAAAUAGGGCAAAAUAGUAUCGUCCAACCCCUCCUGACUGAUUUAUACCAAAUAACGAUGGCCUAUGCCUACUGGAAGACAGGAAAAAUCGACGGAUACGCAGUAUUUGAUCUCUACUUCAGAAAAAACCCAUUCCAAGGAGAAUUCACAAUUUUCGCGGGCCUAGAAGAGUGUCUUAAGUUCCUCGAAAAAUUCAAAUAUUCCGAGAGUGACAUCGAAUAUAUCAAACAAAUAUUGCCAGCGUCAAUAGAAGAAGAGUUUUUUGACUACUUAAGAACAGUCACCGCAGACCAGAUCAAAUUUUAUUCUGUCAAUGAAGGUACAGUUGUUUUUCCUCGAGUGCCUCUAAUCCGAAUAGAAGGUCCGUUGGUUAUAGCUCAACUUCUAGAGACUACACUGUUAAAUCUAGUGAACUACGCUAGCCUAAUGGCUACAAAUGCAGCUCGAUACAGACUAGCAGCAGGCAAAUUGAAGUUGUACGAGUUUGGUCUACGACGAGCACAAGGUCCUGAUGGAGGUUUGUCUGCAUCUAAGUAUGCAUACAUUGGUGGUUUCGAUGGCACUAGCAAUGUCCUUGCAGGGAAACUAUUUAACAUUCCAGUUAAAGGUACACACGCACAUUCCUACAUUACAUCGUUUAAUUGUUUAGAGGAUAUAACAAACAGAAACCUUGUGCCGAAGAAUGGUGGGGAACCCAGAGACUUUUUCGACUGUGCAUUAAAGUGGAGAGGAACUAUCGCCACCCUAUUCCAUGUGUUAGUUUCAGAAGUUAGUGAUGGGGAGUUUGCAGCUUUUGUAUCCUUCGCUUUAGCAAUGCCAUCUGGUUUUAUGGCACUUGUAGAUACUUACGACAUCAAACGAAGUGGUUUGAUAAAUUUUUGUGCAGUGGCACUGGCGUUACAUGACUUUGGGUAUGAGGCAAUAGGUAUAAGACUAGACAGUGGAGAUUUGGCAUAUCUUUCAGGUGUUGCAAGAGAAUAUUUUGAAAGGAUUGCAGCUGACUACAAUAUUCCAUAUUUUAGUAAGUUAAAUAUUAUGGCUUCAAAUGAUAUAAACGAGGAAACCAUUAUAAGCCUAAAUGAGCAAGGGCAUUGUAUAGAUUCCUUAGGUAUUGGUACACAUUUAGUAACCUGUCAGAAGCAGCCUGCCCUAGGUUGUGUGUACAAAUUGGUGGAGUUAGAUGGUGAGCCGAGGAUUAAACUCAGCCACGAUGUGGAUAAAGUGACCAUUCCAGGAAAGAAAAAUGCAUUCAGACUCUAUGGUAAUACUUUUUCUUUGAUAGAUCUUUUACAGAGAGCAGAUGAAUCACCACCAACCACAGAGUCUAAAGUGUUAUGCCGACAUCCAUUUGAAGAAUCCAAACGAGCUUAUGUUAUACCUUCAAAGGUCGAGAACUUACUUUUACUGCAGUGGAAGGAUGGUAGAAUCAUCAGGCCGUUACCAAACCUCCAGCAGAUCAAAGAAAAUGUCAAUAAAUCCUUGAAGAUACUCCGGCCUGACAUCAAAAGGAGCCUCAAUCCCACGCCAUACAAGGUUUCAGUGAGUGACAGUCUUUACCAUUUCUUACAUAAGCUGUGGCUGGAGAAUGCCCCCAUUGGGGAGCUCUCCUGAUAUGCAUGAACAACUUUUUCAUUCUUAAUCGUUUGAAAAAGUACAAAAUAAUUUAAGUACAAAUUGUUGAUUGACUUAGUCACAAAAAGGUUUAUUAGUGUUAGAAAUUUGGCUUAAAGAUUGUUAUCACACAAACGUGGGUCCACAAAUGAUUUUAUUUGUACUUAUGUUGAUAAAUGUUGUUAAUUAGUUGUUAUUUUUUUAUAUUUACAGCUGUGUUCAUAGAGAGACCAACAUUUUGUUGCUAAAGGUUUUCGACAAAUUUCUUAUAGUAAAUGUAGGUCAGUAUUAGAGUUGCUAUCAAACAUUCAUGAUUUCUUUAUAUCUGGGUUUUCUGUUUCUUUUUUAUUUGACAUAUACAGGGUGUCCAGAAACUCUACCAACAAACGAAGACAGGAGAUUCCUCAGAUAAUUUUAAGACAAUUUAACCCAAUUCACCUAGUCCGAAAAUGCUUCUUAAGGGAGCUAGAGCUCUUUGAAGAUGGCGUCAUGAAAUUAGUUUUUCUUAAAUACCUCCAGAACGCUUCUAUUCAGAAAAACGAAAAUUGGUAUGCUUAUUUACUUUUCAGAGAUAAAUCGAUUCCAUCCAUUGCAAAUUUCUAGUACCGGUCAUAGGCGUCCGUUUUGGGUAGAGCAACAGGUAUUUUAUCGCAUAACUUUUUUGUCCUUAACUUUUAUGGAUUUUUGACACCGGAUUAUUAAAUUGUGAGGUAUUCUAGUACUAAAAGGUACUCUUGCUUUAAGUCGGUAGGACACACCGUUUUCUAGAAAAAUCGAUUUGAAAGUUUUUCGUUUUUGGAAUUUGGAAAAAAAUUGAAAGAACUUUUCAACAAAAAACGAAGUAUUUUACCAACAUAAAGUAAGAGUAACUUUUAGUACUCGAAUACCUCAUAAUUUAAUAAUCUAGUGUCAAAAAUGCUCAAAAAUUCAAGACAAAAAAGUUAUGCUAUAAAAUAACUGUUGACCUACCCAAAACGGACGCCUAUGACCAGUACUAGAAAUUCGCAAUUAAUGAAAUCGAUUUAUCUCUGGAAUAUAAAUAAAUGUACCAGUUUUCGUCUUUCUAAACAGUUUUUUUUAAUUUUUUUUUUUAUUUAAAAAGUGAAAAAUUUUAAAAUCGAUUUUUCUAGAAAACGGUGUGUCCACCGAUUUAAAACAAGAGUACCUUUUAGUACUAGAAUACUUCACAAUUUCAUAAUCCAGUGUCAGAAAUGCAUAAAAGUUAAAGAUAAAAAAGUUAUGCGAUAAAAUAACCGUUGCCCUACCCAAACGGACGCCUAUGAUCGGUACUAGAAAUUUGCAAUGGAUGGAUUAGAUUUAUAUCUUGUAGAUAAAUACGCGUACCAAUUUUUGUUUUUCUAAAUAGAAGCGUUCUGGAGGUAUUUAAGAAAAACUAAUUACAAGACGAAAUCUUCAAAGAGCUCUAGCGCCCUUAGGAAGCAUUUUCGGACUAAGUGAAUUGGGUUAAAUUAUCUUAAAAUUAUCUGAAGAAUCUCCUGUCUUCGUUUGUCGGUAGAGUUUCUGGACACCCUGUAUGUGCACUGUAGAAAGCAAGUCAUAUAAAUAAUCACAUUGAUAUAUUAUUGGAAUAUUAAUUAUAGGUAAGCCAGUUCUUUUACACACCAAACGUCUUUUAUUCGAUUAUAAAUAUAUAUUCUUCAAAGUUAAAAUGUAUUUUUUUUUAAUAUUUUCAAACGGCCCGAAAAAAAAACGUACAAAAAAACAAUUCGCUUCAAAUAAAAUGUUUUAGGCACACAAAAUAAACAUUUCUCUCUUGGUAAUUUUUCGAAAAGAUUUCAUUCUGAGUUGUUUGUAAUUUUUUGUUGAAAAAUGCCUUUAAUUUGUGAUUUUUGGAUUUUUUUUCAAAAAAAGUAGGUAUUGUCCUUUCCAUGAGCAUUUUUCAGUGCGUAACAAAUGAUAGGAAAAAGGGUAAGUCCGUGAUAAUACACAUUUAUGACAUUUAUUCUAACAUGACAUUUUAGUUAAAUCUGACAGUUGUCACAUUUUAUUUUCAAUUUGGAAUAAAAACAAAUUGAAUGUGUUUCUUGCAUUUAUAAAAUGGUAUUUUCUUUGAUUUGUAUAGUCUUAUAAAUUAUACAGAUUAUAUUUGUAAUAUUAUUAUCUAAUUUAAAAAUAAAUAAUUUUUUUUAUUAUGGCGCCAUCUAGCAACAACUAGAAUAACUAGAAUAAAUGUUGUAAAUGUCUGUAAUCACAGACGUGCCUUUUUUUCUGUCACAUACAAUUUAAUGGGUUAGAAAGAAAUCGAAAAACUGUGACGCACUGAAAGAUGAUCAUGAGAAAAAAAAUACUGAGUAAAUGAAGAUAAAUGAGAAAUCUUCGUUUAAAGGCGUAGGCGCAAAAUUUUGUUCCAAUGCUAUUUAAAUGCAUUCAUUUUUUUUAAUCAUGAGGAAACUAAUACUUAUCUGUUUUUGAAAAAUUUAAACUCAGAAUGUAAGAUUACAUAAUUACCGAAGGCUGAAAGUCCCUGAAAACUUAUACAUAUAAUUUUUAUUUUAAUAAGUUACAAGGGUGAAAAAAAAAGAGAAAAUUUAUUGUAAUUUUUAAUUUUAAAUAAUAUUUCAUUGAAAAGAAACUUUUUGUUAUUCUUUCGGCCCUCGGUAAUAAUGUAAUCAUUCAUUCUGCAAAAACAUUUAUUAGUUUUCUCAGGAUUCGAAAAAAAUAAAUGCAUUUGCACAAGCAUUGAACCAAGAUUUUUCGUCUACCCCCAUAAAUUGAAAACUAUGUUUUUAGCAAGAUAGAAACGACUUAUCGUUUUCAAAUUAUUUUUACGUCUACUUUAGGAUUUAAAGAUUAUAAAUAGGCCUGGAUCCCGCGUACCAAAAAAAAGUUGAUUAAUAACAAGCUGAAAAUUUGUUAAUAGCUUAACAGUGUCUAGUCGGACAAACUUUCAUGUACGGGAACACUGGAACAGGGGAAGUUUUAAUUGUGGAACAGUUUAAAAAUUUGGAACAUUAGGUUACAAUAACACCCCAUGUAUUUUCUCGGAAGAACUUCCAAUUGAUAUGUUACUGUUUCAUUAAACUCUCAUGCAAAAAUCAGACUGCUAUUUAUUACCAAUAUAAUUCCUGUCACUUGACAUGUUCUUCGUGUUGGACUUAUAAAAUGCCCAGUUGGUGAUAAACACCAGUCUGAUUUUUGCAUGAGAGUUUAAUGAAAUGGUAACAAAUCAAUUGGAAGUUUUGUCUGACAAAAUACUUGGAACGUUUUCGUAGGUCUGACGUUCCAGAUUUUUAACCUUUUCCACAAUUACAACUUCCCGUGUUCCAGUGUUCCCGUACAUCAAAGUUUGUCCGACUAGACACCGUUAAGCUAUUAACAAAUUUUCAGCUUGCUAUUAAUCAACUUUUUUUUUGGUACGCUGAAUCCAGGGCUAAAAGCUUUUUGUAGAAUUGCAGUUCAUUUAUUUUACAAAAAAUUUUUAGUUUGUACCUACAUGGAAUUUCAAAAAUCACUAAUUAAGUAAGACAUUUUUCGAAAACUUACUUACUAAGAGAGAAAAAGUACUUAUUUCGACGAGAUACGCCUAAAAAAUUAUUCAAAGCGAUUCAGGAAAUUGUUUUAAUUUUAUUUAUUUUAUUAUGAUAUUUGAUAACAAUUUCCGGCCACUUGAUAAAUUUGAAAAAAAAUUGAACUUUGAAAAAUAUAUACCUAGAAUCGAGUAAAAAGGUAUUUUGGAUUAGAAAUGCAAACAAAAAAUUUAGUCGGUAUAUUCCAUUUCCAAGCGUCUUUAUAGGGGUAAACCGCUCGUCUGUUGGCUAAUACCUAGUGCUUCUGUGCUUUAUUAUUAAAUGUUCAUUGUAAAAAUUAUUCUACUGAUUCUCUCUUAUUUAGAAUAAUAUAUAGGGUAAUUCAUUUAGGACGGAUGGUACUAUACUCGACUUUACAGGGAGUUUAAUUUGUUUUUCAUUUUUGUCAGAUUCCAGUUUUUAGUCAGUCCACGGGAAUUUAACCCAUUUAUGCCCACAACUAUUUUUGUCAAAUAUAUCAAUCAUUUUCUCAAGAAUUUAAUAAAAUACCCUAAAAUGCAUUGAAAAAUUACUAAAAAAAUUUUUCAAAAACUGAUUUUUGAAAAACAUGCUGGGUCGUCAACGACCUGUUGGGCACAUAGGGGUACAAAAUAAAAAUAAUAACUUUUAUGCAAUAACGUUUUAUUUUACUUUAUUUUUAAAACAAUGAAGCAGGCAUAGAUUAAUUGUAUUACUUAAGGCUUAAAAUAGUUUGUGUGAUAAUCUUUGAAGAAUUUAUCGAGGAGUGGAAUUUCACAUUUAUCGCAUGCAUUUGUAGUUUUAUUUGAACAUACACGAAAGCUGCUUCUUUGAUCACCAGUAAUAAUUAGAUGCUGUGUUGAUGGGGAUGGAGCAGGAAUUAUUGCUAUAUUUUGAGGUGCAGUAGAACGGAUAGAACGACUGUCAUUUUUAUAUCCAAACUGUUGUGGUAGUGUCUAAGCAUUAGUUACACAAACAUCCAGCACCCAUAUCCAUAUUGGAAAGUAAAAUUUUUUUCCACACAUUUUUAUACUGUACCUACUUCGAAAUGUUGUUGUCCAUCAAGUCGACUCCGCCCAUAAAUUUGUUGUAUUGCGAAAUUACAAAUGGUUGAUCUAUUUGAAUUUUUAGUUUUUGUUUUGGUGAAUAUCAGCUUGCUUUUUAGAUUGGCUCCGUUCCAUGCUCAUUAGAUAACAUGUUUAUACAACAAUUAUUGUAGACCUAAACGCACAAACAAUAAAAAGAGUCGAUUUUUUUGGCCCAGAAGGCAUCAAAACAUGAUUGUUGUGAAAUUCUGACUUAAGCCAUUUAUCCCAAACAUCAGUGAUAUAUCAUCCGAUAUAGUCUCACUAUUUUCAAUCUAUUUCAUCCAGAAUUUCUGCAGUAGAUAAUGGUUUCUUACUAAAAAAACAUUUUCUCAUUAUAUUUCAUGUGCCCAACGGGUCGUUAACGACCCAUCAAAAUAUAAUAUUAUGUUGUUCUGAAGCUAUUUUCUUGUGGCAUUUUUAUAAUCAAGUACAUUCAAAUGGGAAAUAAGCCACAAUUUUACCUAAAAAUGAUUUUAUUUUGACAACGACACCCGACUUGGGCGUCGAAACGUUAAUAAAAUCAUUUUUAGGUAAAAUUGUGGCUUAUUUCCCAUUUGAAUGUACUUGAUUAUAUAAUAUUAUAUUUAUGACAUAAUAAAUAUCAAAUUAUUUUUGUACUGGUUUGUUUUUUAACCAAGAGGAGUGAUUCAAAUUUACCGCGCUUUAUUGCUUGUUUGUAAUUGGUCCAACCGCAGGCAAGUUUACUCCACUGUUAUAAAAUUUUGACACUAAUGACAUUUAUCAAAUUUUGACACUAGUGACAUUUCAUAGGUUAAUUAAGUUAUAUCGGCGAUUUUUGUAUUUUCUGUGUUAUUCUUUUAAUUUUUAGAUUGUUAGUCUGCUUUUAUAUAAAACCAGUUGUUUUUGGAACUCUUUAGUGACGUAUUAAUUUAAUAUAAUAUUUAUGGAUUACCGUUGAGGGCCGACUAGAUCAACCAAAAAAGAAGAUGCAUUUGGUUAUUAUUCUAGUGACUUUCUUGGGUGUGAAUCUGUCUUUUUAGUUUACUCCUCCUGGUUAAAAAAAUAGUAAUAUUAUAAUGUGUUAAUACAACUUAUGUUUAACUAUAUAAAAUGAAUUUAAAUAAUAAAAUGACUUAUUUAAAUGUACUUACACAUGUUUGAAUGAAGCCAUGCUGUGAACGUUUAGUCCAGGGUAAUAAGGUUUUUUCCAUGUCACUCGAGCAGCCCGGGUACUGAAGCGUUUUUUCGGCAGGUAAUACCUAUAAGAGCAAAUUGUAACUAUUUCCUGCGUAGGAUCUGGCGGCCAUUUUUAUUUAUAAACAAUUAAGUGUCAAAAAAUGGCAUUUUUCCCUUUUUUUUCAAAUCAAUGGAAAACAGUGAAACUUAUCGUUUUUUGAGUACAAAUAUCUUUGAGAUUAUGGAAAAAGCUUUAAAAUGACGUAUUACAAAGUUUGAUAUACUCAUUUAUUGUUAAUAUAAUUGCGAAAAAAGGUCGAAAUUGCAAAAAAAAUUAAUUUCGCAAUAUCUGUUGUAAAAAUUAGUGUAUAGCUUUGAAAUUUUUGUCAUAUAAGGGUUCUUUGGUGCUUAAUAUGUGAUAAACAUUUCAAAGCGAUUCAUUCAAUUGUUUAAAUUUUAUUCAAAUUGUUUAUCCCAGAGAGCAUUUUUUUUACAAUAACAUAAGUCAGAAAAAAAUGACGUUAGAACCAUUCCACAGGUGUCAAAUGAAAGAGCAUGAGCUAUAUUUUUAACUUGGCUUAAAAAAAGUGAAUCAAAAAUGCAUUUAUUAGUAAUAAAUAAUUAUGCAAAAGUAUCGUAAAUCUUUCCUUAUAAACUUUUUAUUUUGUUAUAUAAGAAAUUAUAUAUAUUUAUUACAAUUUUUUAUCAAUUAUGAUAUAAAUAACAUUACUUGGUAGAUGUGCACUUAAACAGGGUAAAAAAGUUAAUUUUUUUGGAAAAAGUUAUUCAAAAAGUUUAUAAGGAAAGAUUUACGAUACUUUUGAACAAUUAUUUAUUACUAAUAUAUGCAUUUUUUAUUCGCUUUUUUUAAACCAAGUUGAAAACAUAGUUCAUGCUCACUGAGAUAAACAAUUCGAAUAAAAUUUAAACAAUUGAAUAAAUCGCUUUGAAAUUUUUAUCACAUAUUAAGCACCAAAGAACCCUCAUUUCACAAAAAUUUCAAACCUGUACACUAAUUUUUACAGCAGUUAUUGCAAAAAUAUUUUUUUUGCAAUUUCGACCUUUUUUCGCAAUUAUAUUAACGAUAAAUGAGUAUAUCAAACUUUGUAAUAUGUUAUUUUAAAGCUUUUUCCAUAAUCUCACAGAUAUUUGUACUAAAAAAAUCAUAAGUUUCACUGUUUUCCAUUGAUUUGAAAAAAAAGGGAAAAUGCCAUUUUUUGACAUUUAAUUGUUUAUAAAUAAAAAUGGCCGCCAGAUCCUACGCAGGAAAUAGUUACAAUUUGUUCCUAUAGGUAUUAAUUGUCGAAAAAACGCUUCAGUACCCUGGCUGCUCAAGUGUCACGAACAGGGUAUAUUUUUGUCUUAUUACCCUGGCCUAGUUAUUCAAGUUCUAUUUUGAUGUACACUCUACGAACACUACGAGCGAAAUAAACGGUUUUGCACUAAAUAAAUUGCUUACUUGUAUAGUCAGGAAUGAAUUUGUAAACCAACAGCGACUGAUAAAUUCGACAUAUUUGCUUGAAACAUAUUUUUGUUAGUUGGGUCGUUAACGACCCGUUAUGCAUAAAUGGGUUAAAUAUUCUACAAUAUAGCCACAUCUCAAAUGCUUUCAAUUUUCUUCACAUAUCUUCGUUCAAGCUUCUCGAUUCAAUACCAUAACAAAGUACAGAGAAUACGUAGCGUCGCAGCAUUCUUAAUUUUAUUUCAAGAUAGAGAUUGUGACUCUUAAAGAAGGCCCCUAUCCGGUUGAAGGUGCUUUUUAUUAUGGUGCGUCACUCUUUCUAUCGGGGUUUAGUUGACGUUCUUUUUAGUCCAGGGCGCAUCUGUUUUGAGAUGGACGUUGAGAGGUGACUCAAAUUUUUUUGCAGAAAUUGCUUGAAAAUAACUCAAUAAUAAUAGUUGAGUUAUCCUCCCACUCAAAAAGGUCCGGAACAUUGUUUAAAUAAUCAAAAUGUCAAAAAAUGAAGGAAAAACUCCAUUUUUUUUCUUCGUUUUUUGAUUAUAACUUUAAAAGUAUUAAUUUCCGAGAAAAGUUUCACCGACAUAAAAGUUGCGUAAUUAAAUUUCCUACAAUAAAGGAUUGGUUAAAUAUUUUAAAAUUGUCACCCUUGUUGCAAAAUAGCAAUAAUUGCGAAAAGAAAACAUAAAAAACAAGUAUUUCAAUUUUACGUUUUUCAACAAUUUAUGCUACACUUAGUACCUUCAUAUUUCACCCAGAAGAACUUUAUGAUAUAAUAGAAUAAUACUGUAAAUUUCAUUAAGAUCGGUUGAACAGAUUUUGCAAAAUCAAUUUUGCAAUCCAGCUCGCAAAAACAUAUUGUUUUGUAUAUUGUCAUCUUGGUCUGUGUUGAUAUUUCUUUGUUAUUAAGGAAUCCUCUAUUUAGUGCUUGGAAUAGUUUUCCUGUGUUUUUCAUUCUGUUGUUAAGAUCGUCCUCGAUGUCUCCUUUGUUGUUGAUUACCUACUGUUCCUAAGUAUUUGUAUGAAUUUGUCUGUAUUAUUUUUUGUUGGUCUAUCAUUACUUCUAUUUGAUCUUCCGUCCCUUGUUUCCUUGAUAUUUUCAUUAUCUGAGUCUUCUCUUUGUUUACGUUUAAGUUGUAUUUGCUUGCUUCUAGGUUCCAUUUAUCUAAGUUGUAUUUCAGUUUUUCUGCUGUUUCCGCAAUUAAUACUAUGUCGUCUGCAAAUAUACACAUCUCAGCGUUUAUCAUUUGCAUUCUAUUCCAACCGAUGCAGUAUUUCUUGAAAGUUAUCUUACAUUCUUUCACUAUCUCAUCUAUUACAUUUAUGAGUAGCACUGGGCUGAGACUUCCCCCUUGUCUAACUCCUUGAGUAGUUUCAAAUGGUUCUGACUGUAUAUUUAACAUUCCUACUGUAUUUGUUGUUUUCAUGUAUAUACUCUUUGUUGCUUCUAUUAGUUCUUCACUUACUUGCUUCUUCUUUAGGCUUUCCCAUAUAUAUUUUCUUUUGACUGAGUCGAAUGCUUUUUCCAUGUCUAUAAAGCUCACAUAUAUUUCUCUAUUUUUCUUUAAUGCUUUUUCUAUUACUUGUUGCAUGGUGAAUAUAUGGUCUUGUGUGUUGUGUUCUUUCCCGAAUCCACUUUGUACGUACAACAAAUAACCAAAAAUAAACUACUUAUAACGGGUUUUUUUUCUAGAACCAGGUUCUAUAAAAACCAUUUCGAUAUAAUAUGUAGACUGUCGAUACAGUCAUAGCCUCCUUAAGUACUUACUUUAAGUAAAAAAUGUAAUAAACAAAAAUCUUGUUACGCUGUCAUCUUUUUGAGAGAAUAAGAACAUAGUAUUAACAGUUGCCUAAAUAAUACGGUCACUGAUAUAGCAGGUGUAUGGUCAGGUAAUAUAACAAAUUCUUUAUGAAUAAGUAUUUUCAUUGACUUGCUUCUUCUGUUUCUGCCAAUUUCACUUUUAUCUUUUCAUUGUUGUCACUAUAAUCGAGAACCCAGCUAUUUCUUUAAAUUGUUUGUUGUAUGGUUUAGGUUAUUUAUUUGUUUUUUUUUAUUAUCAUCACUUUCUGCUCUUCUGUUUCGAUUUGAAUUGUGUCUAUCUUAACUGUACCUAAAGAGGUUUCGAAAUUUCUUCAAGCCAUGUUAGUCCAGGGCGGAUCUGUUUUGAGAUGGACGUUGAGAGGUGACUCUAAUUUUUUUGCAGAAAUUGCUUGGAAUUUGUCCAUAUAAUAAUAAUUGAGUUAUCCUCCCACUCAAAAAGGUCCGGAACAUUUUUUAAAUAAUCAAAAUGUCAAAAAUGAAGGAAAAAUUCGAUUUUUUCAUCGUUUUUUUAUUAUAACUUUCAAAGUAUUCACUUCCGAGAAAAGUUGCACUAAAAUAAAAGUAGCGUUAUUAAAUUUUCUACAAUAUGAUUGGUUAAAAUUUUUUUAAAUUGUUACUCUUGUUGUAAAAUGGCAAUAAUUGCGAAAAAACAAGUAUUCGCAUUUUACGUUUUUCAACCAAAUCUGCUACACUUAGGACCUUCAUAUUUCACCCAGAAAAACUUUAUGAUAUGAUAAAACAAUACUGUAAAUUUAGUUAAGAUCGGUUCAAUAGAUUUUGCAAAACAAAUUUUGCAAUCCAGCUUUCUCAAAAAAAAUUCAUUUUUUCAAAAUGUUGCAGGACUGAAAAUAAAGCAGAUAUCAAGUUAAUUUUUUUUUUACAAAUAGAAGAAUACUGUGCCUUUCAUUUGAAAUUUUCAAAAUUAAAAUCGGUUUAACUACCACGACAUCAGGAAUUUUUUUAAAUAAACAUUAAUUUUUGGUGCUACGCGCAGGACAGCGGUGUUCGAUUCACACUAGUUGAUUUCCACCAAAAUUUCUUCCAAUCUUUAUCUAAUAUAUUAUUUUCUUACUCUAUAUUUUGUUGUAUGUUCAUAUUUUAAUUCCACAAAAAUCAAACUAAUUUGUUUAUUGUUUGUGAAAAAUUGUUUAAUCAAUUGCAUAUGUUUAAAAAUAAUACAAUUUUAAUAUAGUUAAAAUAUAUGAGCAAAGAAAGUGUUUUGCUAACAAAAGGGGUAAUUUCAAAGGACAGAGUAUGUGUUUUUAUUUUGCAAUAAACAAAUUAAUUUAUUUAUUUCGAAUUGUACUAAAAAUUAAAAUUUAUCAAUCAUUAUCAAAGGUCAUUGGAAUGCCCAAUCAGAGCGAACGUAUCCGCUGUCCUGCGCGUAGCACCAAAAAUUAAUGUUUAUUUAAAAAAAAUCCUGACGCCGUGGUAAUUAACCGAUUUUAAUUUUGUAAAUUGCAAAUGAAAGGUACAGUAUUCUUUUUAUACGUAAAAAAAUUCAACUUGCUGUUUGCCUUAUUUUCAGUGCUGCAACAUUUUGAAAAAAUGAAUUUUUUUUGCGAAAGCUAGAUUGCAAAAUUUAUUUUGCAAAAUCUAUUAAACCGAUCUUAAUGAAACAGUAUCGUUUUAUCAUAUCAUAAAGUUUUUCUGGGUAAAAUAUGAAGGUCCUUAGUGUAUCAUAAAUGGUUGAAAAGCGUAAAAUGCGAAUACUUGUGUUUUUAUGGUUUUUUCGAAGUUAUUGCUAUUUUGCAACAAGGGUGAUAAUUUUUAAAAUUUUCAGUUAAUCCUAUAUUGUACGAAAUUUAAUUACGCAACUUUUAUGUCGUUGCAACUUUUCUCGAAAAUAAAUACUUUUAAAGUUAUAAUCAAAAACCGAGAAAAAAUCGAAUUUUUCCUUAAUUUUUUUACUUUUUGAUUAUUUAAACAAUGUUCCGGACCUUUUUGAGUGGGAGGAUAACUCAAAUAUUACUAUAUGAGUUAUUUUCAAGCAGUUUCUGCAAAAAGAUAUGAGUCACCUCUCAACAUCCAAAUGUACUAAUAUUUUUACAGAUGCGCCCUGGUCUAUAUUUAUAGUUUGAAGUACAACUACAACAUAUGCAUUUAGUUUGAAUUGUAAGAUUGGACAGUAUUCAAAUUUGGUCUCCACUUGUUAGACACUAGCAAUACAACCCCACAUUAGCGAUGACAAAUUAUCAUUUUUUUAAGUUAUGCUUUAGAUCUUGGUUCUAAACAAAUUAAAGAGCCUUUGCUAUUUCUACAGCAGUUGAUGUAAGUUUUAUUGCAUAAAAUAACGACUUUUAAAGUUUUCUCAAAAAAAUAAUGCAUUGAUAAAGUGUAAGUUUUUUUUAUCUUGUUGCUUUAUGUUUUGUUGAUUUGAAGUUUUUUUGACCUCAGUAUUAAAUAUAUCAUUGUAAUUAACGCACAAAUCGACAUACUAUUUAAUUAUUUUGUAAAGGUAAAAGAUCUAUUCUAUUAAGUGAUAGUAAGAAACAACUAAGUUAAAAAUUGGUCUGAAACUGCAUGGCCUAUUGUAGAAAUGGAAUAGAUAAUUUAUUUUGUUUAGAAUAAAGUGAUAACCUAAACUCAAAAAAAUCUCGGGGUAAAUUUAAGCUAAUGUAAUAGACCUUAGAUAGUGUUAUUUAUAGACAGAAUCAUUUGUGGUUUUUGAGUGUCUAAAUUAGAAGAAAGAGCUACUUAAAUAGGUAUGUAAUGAGGUAUCACACAAAGACAACAAUAUGACGAUAGAUUCUAAUGACGAUUCUAACAAAGAUUUUGUUUCUAAUGCAAUACCAAAAAGAUACGAUAGUGUUUAUACAUAUAAUAAUGAACCAAUUUUUGUACAAUAUUUUUAUUGUUUUGAUCCAAUUCUUGUCAAAGUAAGGAUGUGGGUAUAAAAAACUGAUACCACUGCAUAAUAUUAUUAUGGACUAAGUGCUAACGGACAAAAUGAUGUAUCCAAAUUUUUUUCAUUAUAUGAAAGAAGUGACAAGUGAGGACUAUCUAUUAUGGUUAUAUUGAAUUUGAGAUAGGAGUAAGGUACAAGACUCUUUAUUACAAAAAGCCUCAGAAAAUUAAUAUAAUAUGAAAUGCAUAUACAGUGAGCACGUAAAGGUUGGAAUAAAUUCAUUUUCUCGAGAAUGGAUGAAUUUGGAAAAAAAUCCCGAAAUAGGUCAAUUUCUAUUUUUAAAUUAGGACUUUUUGGAAUAUACAUCAUACUAGUAACGUCACCCAUCUGGGCGUGAUGACGUCAUCGAUGAUUUUUUUUAAUGAGAAUAGGGGUCGCGUGAUAGCUCAUUUGAAAGGUAAUUCAAUUCUCUAUUCAGUAAUAUAAACAUUAACAUAAUUAUUUAUACAGGGUGUCAAAAAAAAAUUUUUUUUGGAUUAAAUUAAUUGACAUAAAAAGAAGAAUGUAUGUAAUUUAUUUAAUUGAAAAUGCAUUUUACUGCUCUCAGAAAACUGACAAAAUGUUUAUUUGAAAAAUAAUCAUUGCUUUUCGCUUAAAUUAAAUGUUCAAACUGUCACGAGGUUGGUGGGUGGCGGCUUUAAUAUUGAAUUUAAGCAAAAAACAAUAUUUAUUUGCCAAAUAAACAUUUUUGUCCUGUUUUCUGAUAGCAGUAAAAUGUAUUUUGAAUUAAAUUAAUUACACACAUUCUUCUUUUUAUGUCAAAAAAAUUUAAUUCAAAAUUUUUUUUUGGACACCCUAUAUAAAUAAUUAUUAUUAAUGUUUAUAUUGCUGGAUAGAGAAUUGAAUUACCUUUCAAAUGAGCUAUCACACGACCCCUAUUUUCAUUUAAAAAAAUCAUCGAUGACGUCAUCACGCCCAGAUGGGUGACGUCACUAGUAUGAUAUAUAUGCCAAUAAGUCGUAAUUUAAAAAUAAAAAUUGACCUGUUUUGGGAUUUUUUUCCAAAAUCGUCCAUUCUCGAGAAAAUGAAUUUAUUCCAACCUUUACGUGCUCACUAUAUAUGAAAUAAAAAUAUUAAGGAAGCUAUAUCAUGCAGGUAUUACACUAUGUUAUUAUGUCCGAAUUCUUAUUACUAUUUAGCAUUUACAAUGACUCUUUCGGUUGUAUCUUUUUAUCUCCACAACCUUACUUAAGUAUCACCUAUUAUUAUAAACAAGAAAUAUAUAUUUACCACAUUAA